GCCCUUUUUGCUCUGGUGGCGGCGAGGUGUUGGUGAAGCAGUUGCCUGAUUAUGUGAAGUUGCCAAAAUGCCAGCUAGACGUGAGGUGCAGUUGGAAAAAUGCAUAGAUGAUGCCACAAGAAAAAAUAACUUCCAGUUAUUAGAACAGUUUCUGCAAACAGAAGGAUGUGACAAUGUCUCUCAUAAGUGCAGCAAACAGUUUUUCAACAAAUUUGACAAACUUAUAUGCCGGGAACUUGACAAACAGGAAGUUAAGAAUGUUUCAACUUUGCUAAAUUCUCUUCAUAAAUAUGGUAAAAAUAUCAUCAUACCAGGUGGAGACGGUUUUCAAGCAAUGAUCAGAUAUGGUCUUGUUGAAAAGAUGGUUAGUUGGUUUGAAAAGGCAAAAGAAAUUCUGAUAUCUAGAGGAAAUGAAAAAAAUGAAGCACUUACAAGUCUAGUGGAAGAUUUCUUCGAUAUUUUGAUGCUUGUACAUGAUACCAACAGUGAAGGUAAAAUACAAACAUUAGAAAGCUUUAUACUGAGAAUAUGUACCCUUGUUGCUGAUGUAAGAAUCAAUGUUUAUAUUCAGCAAGAGGCUGUAAGAAAACUUAAUUCAAUGCUUGAUACCAUGCCUCGAGAAGCCAGAAAAAAAAUUAUUUCCACGAAGGAAAUGUUCCUUGUCAUGAAUGAUAUGGGAAAGAGAAUUUUAGAUGCUGGAGACUAUGACUUGCAAGUAGCCAUUACUGAAGCUUUAUGCAGAAUGACAUCAGAAAAACAAAGAGGAGAACUGGCAUGCCAGUGGUUUUCUAUGGAGUUUGUGACCAAUGCAUUUAAAGGAAUUAAGGACUCUGAGUUUGAAACAGACUGCAGAAAAUUUCUUAACCAGGUGAACGGAAUGCUUGGAGACAAAAGAAGAGUUUUUACAUAUCCUUGUUUGUCAGCAAUCCUUGAUCAAUAUGAGCUACAGAUACCUUUGGAUGAAAAUCUUGAAGAAUUUUGGAUUGAUUUUAAUGUUGGUAGCCGAAGUAUAUCCUUCUAUGUUGCAGCAGAUGAUGAAGAUCAUCAAUGGGAAACAGUCAGCAUACCUGAAGAAGAGGUAGAAAUGUACAGUAUUGAAGAAAAAGAGUCAAAGAAGUUACUAACAAUAAUUCUAAAAAAUCCAGUAACUGUGGGUAAUCAAGAAGGGGAGCAAAUGUUCCUAUAUUUUGAUCCUGUCUUGGAAAUCAUGGAAGUGGCCCAAAAGGUUUAUGGUGCAAAUAAAUGUAAGGGAUUUACCAAGAAGCAAGCCACAUCAGUUGCCAAAACAUCAGUUCAUAUAAUUUUUGAUGAAAGUGGAUCACAGAUUCUUGUACCAGAAAGUCAAUUGUCACCUUGCUUGAAAGAAAAAUCAAGAAUGGAAGGGAAAUCCAGUAAGUCUGUAAAACAACAACUUCCUGUACAACAAAGGAAUCAGAAUGAAAAAACUAACCAAGACAACUGCAAAAAUAUUCAAUCUAAGAUUACUACGCCUACUAAAAGGAAAGUGUCUGAAGCAUCAGUGAUUGUCCCAGGUACUGGUAGACUGCCUCUGAGGAGCCCAUUGGUAUUUGUCAAUACGUCAACUCCCCGAAAGGCCCGCUUUAAACUGCCUUUGCAAAUGAUGAGCUCUUCUGAAAAAAAUAAGGGUAGAGAUGGCUCUGUACUGGACAAUGUAUUUUGUGAGACUCAGCAGAAUAUCAGCAAAACAGCAACAAUCAGAAAUGAGGCAAAACUCCCUGAAAAGAUUUUGGGACAGCAUAUGUCAGCUGAAAAAGUUUUGGAAAUGAUACAAAAUGAGGCAGACAGUGAGACCAGCCAAAAACAAACACUACAUGAUCUAUUAGAUAUUGUUCCCGAUUCUCAGCCAGUAGGCAGAAAUGACAAACCUUUAUUGCCUGGUCUUUUGGAAAGUUCUGCUGAUGAAAAUAAAAUCUGGAAAAAACAUGCAUGCUCUGUACCUGAAAAGCUUAUAACAAAGUGUGAUAAGCAGAAGAGAAGUACAUCAUCAGGACAUACAUUCCAACAAGUUCCUGUUCUCAGUGAAAGAGCUGCCAAACAAAAAGCUUUCUAUUCAAUAUUUGAAAGUACUUCUCCAAAACAACAAGUUCAGAGUAGAAAAAUGUCAAAGAAGCAACAAAAUGAAACCGAAAAACAAGAAAACUGCAUAAGACACAGAGGACAAACAUCAAACAGUUCUAACCAUUUAGAACAGAAAAUACUAACUACAGAGGCAAAAGAAGUUCCCACCACACCUGAAACAUCUUUUAAAUCAGUUCAUCCAACUAAAAUGACUGAAAAAUCUCUGGGAUAUUCAGCAAAAUUAGUGUUGGCCAGAAAUUCUAAGGAGGAAGAUGAUUUUUCUUUUAGAAAAGGGACUACAAAUCAUAAAAAAUCUGAGAAGAAAGCAAAAUCUAAAGAAAUGGCUGAAACAAUAGAAUCAAUAAUAAGUAAAAUCAGUGACAGAUAUAAACAAAAGGAUGAUAUCGAACAUGCAAGAAAAGCAAGAGAAUUUUUCUCUAAUAACAGAUCAUGUUUAAAUAAGUCUGGUUUCAAAGUCAGUAAGGAAAAAGUUCAGAAUAGAAGCUGUAGAAACGUAAAAACUACAGCUGUGCUUAAUAUGACUACAGGACAUAUUGUGGAUGAUGUCUACAAUUUUAACUUAAGUGGAUUUGAUGAACCUACGAUAAAGCUUGGAGUCCAAGAAUUACAUGUUACUAACCUGAAAGCUAGUACAAAUCUGACAGAAAAAAUGAAUCCCGAUGAAAGCAAAAGUACCAUCCAGAAAAAAGUAGAUAAUAAAAAUAGAAUGAAUAAAAAUAAGAAGCAUCUCUUUAGUGACACUGACACAGAAUACAGAGGUGAUGACAGCAAGACAGAUAUCAGUUGGCUACGAGAGUCUAACCGAAAACCUAAACCCCAACUAGUAGAUUACAGCAGAACUAAAAAUCCGAAGAAAUCUAAAAGUAUAGAAGCAACAUAUACGUUCCAUGACUCCGCAUGUCUGAUGGAUAGAUCUGAAGAGAAAAAAACAAAAAAUAAAAAGGUACCCAUUAGUAAAAAACAAAAUACAAAAGCUGAUGAGAGACUAAAACAGACAACCAGACCAAAAUGGCCUCGAAGAGCAGCAUUAGCAAAAAAAAGUUAUAAGGAUUACUCAAAUUCAGAGUCAGAGAGUGAACAGGAAUCUUCACAGUGCUUACAUCGGAAAGAAAAAUUAAGAGUACAGCAAGAGCACAAAAAUGGCCAAAACAAAGCUGCGAAUCAACACAAGGAACUACAGAACAAUGUUUCUACAGAGCCAAAAAAGGGAAUAUCAAGAAAUCAACAGCAAAUAUUUACUAAAUCAAAAGAUCCUAUAAAACAAAGAAAAUUAGAAAUGUCACCAGUAGCCUCACCUGAAAGCCCAGCAUCUGUUGAGACGAUGAGAUGUGCUGAAGAAGUACCAGAGGAAGCAUUUACUCAGGAACAUGUUUCCUUGAAAAGAUCAACAUCAUCAUAUCUUCAGGACUCAACACCAGAAAAGAGGGAAUCCUUAAGCAUUGUGAAAGGAAUUUCAGAUAACAAGCUUUAUACAACAAAAAAGAAUAAUCAAAGUAUACAUCUAAAACAAUCUCCUGAAAAUGUCAAAAAGUUGGUAUUUGGAAAUGAAAGUUUAUCACCAGUUUUAAGUCCAAUUUCUUUGCCUAAUCUAACUCCAGUAACUAUGGACAAAGCUGUCAUGAGUGGAAAAGACAUAAAGGUUACUGACCCUGAGGUGGAAAUAUGUGAUAUUAGUGAGGCAGUGAACGUUACAAAUUACCUUUCAGACAAAAUCUCCAUUAACGCAAAACUGAAAGAUCUUACUAAAAAUAUGCAAAAUAAAGGAGAGGAAUCUGUACCGCCAUCUCAAUUAUGCACUUCCAGUGGAAGCAGAGAACGGUCAUGGUGUGAAGAUCCCUGUGGCACCAUACAUGAAUCCGGGCCUUCAGUACAAGUGAAUCUCAAACGAAUGUACCACAGUGAUGCAGAAAGUGAUUCUGAUGAAGUGGAAAUGAAGAAGGAAGAAGAACAGAGAAAAACAAAGCUUCUCCCUAGAAAAUUAUUUAAAGCAGAUGAUGAUGCUGUGUAUAAAGAUAAAUCCAUAAUGCAGUGUGCAAGGACUCAUUCCUUUUCCAGAAAAGGGAAGAAGUGGGCUGCAACAAACGAAAUAACUGUGUCCGAGAGCAUAUCUACUGUGUCUGUAAAUGAACUGUCUAUUUUGGAUGGAGAGGUCUGGGACCCUAGUUGUUCAAGUAUAGGGAUAGGUCAGAAGCUCCAUAAGGAAUUUACUAGGAAAAUUCAGAGCCGCUCAAGAAGAAUGGAUCACUUUACCAAGCAAUCCUUGAAAACAGCUCAGCAGCAUUUGACAACAAUGAGUUGUCAGUUGCAUGAAUGCAGGAUCAAGCAGCUGGACAAAUUUCAUUUCACCAUCGUAGAGGAACUUGAGAAUUUUGAAAAAGAUUCCCAAUCUUUGAAAAACAUGGAGAAAGAAUUAUUGAACUUUUGGAAAAAACAUGCACUUACGUUUAGUGCAUGCAAGAAAAAUGAACAGCAGAGGAUUCAGAUUCUUAAAACUUCAUUUGAAAAGCACAUCUCCCACAGUGUUAACUAUGAGGAAAAUAUUUUUACUUCUGAGAUGAAUCUAAUGAAAGAAGAUAUGAAAGGGCUUCAAGAGAAGCUUCUUAAAGAAAUGCAUGAAGAGGAGCUGUUGAAUGUUCGCAGAGGAUUGCAGACACUGUUUCUGUCAGAAGGGAGAAAAUUCUAA